AUGAAUGACGUUCAGGAGGCCACCUCCCCUGCAACCAGCCUCAGCGGUCCAGCUACCUGUGUCUCCAAAGUAGAGCUGCGUGUGUCUUGCAAAGCCCUGCUGGACCGAGACACGCUGAAUAAAUCAGACCCCUGUGUCAUACUAAUGGUACAGACCAACGGACAAUGGACAGAGCUGGACAGAACAGAGGUGAUCAAGAGCAACUUGCACCCGGUCUUUGCCAAGGUUUUCUCUCUGGACUACUACUUUGAGGAGGUUCAGAAGCUGCGAUUUGAAGUCUACGACAUCCAUGGCACUCACAGCAUCGGGACCCGUGACGAUGACUUCCUUGGUGGGGUGGAGUGCACUCUUGGCCAGAUCGUGGCCCAAAAGAAGAUGGUGAAGCCUUUGUUGCUGAAGUACGGGAAAUAUGCUGGCAAAUCCACCAUCACGGUGCAUGCUGAGGAAAUUUCUGGCAACAACGGAUAUGUGGAGUUCUCCUUCUGUGCCAAGAAGCUCGAUGAUAAGGAUCUCUUCAGCAAAUCAGACCCAUUUUUGGAAAUAUACCGAAUCAAUGAUGAUGAAACUGAACAGCUUGUGCACAGAACUGAGGUGAUUAAAAACAACCUGAACCCUGUGUGGGAGCCCUUCAAAGUGUCUCUCAUAUCCCUGUGCAGCUGUGAUGAAGACCGGAAGCUCAAGUGCCUAGUGUGGGAUUAUGACUCCAGGGGGAAGCACGACUUCAUUGGCGAGUUCUACGCCACUUUCAGGGAAAUGCAGAAAAUUUCCAGUGGAAAUAAGGUGACGUGGGAUUGUGUGAAUCCCAAGUACAAACAGAAGAAGAGAAAUUAUAAAAAUUCAGGAGUUGUCAUCCUCAGUGACCUUAAGCUCCACAGAGUGUACUCCUUCCUAGAUUACAUCAUGGGAGGAUGCCAGAUUCACUUUACGGUUGCCAUUGAUUUCACAGCAUCCAAUGGAGACCCCAGGAACAGCUGCUCAUUGCACUACAUCAACCCUUACCAGCCCAACGAGUACCUGAAGGCUCUGAUAGCAGUGGGGGAGAUCUGUCAAGACUAUGAUAGUGACAAAAGAUUUUCAGCUUUGGGGUUUGGUGCCAGAAUCCCUCCAAAUUAUGAGGUGUCUCAUGACUUCGCCAUUAAUUUUAACCCAGAGGAUGAUGAAUGUGAAGGGAUCCAAGGGGUGGUUGAGGCCUACCAGAACUGCCUUCCUAAGAUCCAGUUGUAUGGACCAACCAAUGUUUCUCCCAUCAUCAACAGGAUAGCCAAACUGGCAGCAGGCGAUGGCAACAUUAAAGAUGCUUCUCGAUACCACAUCCUGCUCAUCCUCACGGAUGGGGUAGUGACAGACAUGGCAGACACGCGUGAAGCCAUUGUACGAGCCUCCUACCAGCCUCUCUCCAUAAUCAUUGUUGGUGUGGGUAACGCAGACUUCACAGACAUGCAGAUUUUGGAUGGAGAUGAUGGAGUCCUACGCUCACCAAAGGGCGAGCCGGUCCUCCGGGACAUUGUGCAAUUUGUGCCCUUCAGAGACUUCAAAACGGCUUCUCCUGCAGCCCUGGCCAAAUGUGUUCUGGCAGAGGUGCCCAAACAAGUAGUGGAGUACUACAGCCAUAAGGCCAUCUCCCCCAUGUGUCCGAUGAGGGACUUAUCCACGCCAAUCCUCAGCCCAGUUGCCACCACCCCAACAGAAUAACAACCCACCCUGUUCCUGGGACCAAGCUUUGACCAC